GUGCUCGCCCGAGAAGAAGCAAGUGCAAUUUUCUCUUCAUUUGUGUGUGAUAUUUCGUGUACAAACUACAAACAUUUUUGACACAUAUUUAGGAUUCAUUUCGACUCUGGGAUAUUUCCGUUGUCAAAUGGAAUAGGAAGACAGGUCGUUUCAGCAAAACUGAGUUGCAGUGAAGACGAAAUCGGUGAUUCAGGCAGAGUUUUCCCGUCGUUGUAGUCGUUUGGUCCUGUAGGAUCUGUGAGGUUGUACACUCAUGUAUAUGCGUACAGUUGCGACGAAGGAUUAACCCGAAGUAUCAUCAAGGUGUUUCGUAGAGAUCAGCACCUUUCGCUCAUACUUAGCGUUAAACAGAAAUAGUGAAAAAAUAGAAACACUUAAUCCUCAACGCCAAGUAAUAUGUCGGAUAUACGACGACGUCGAAAGUCCAAUCAGUCGUCCGACGAUCUCUCGGACUCGUGUGAGGAAUUGAACGUAACAAAGGAGACUCAGAGUAGCGAACAAACUGAUGGACACCAGGAUUCUGAGUGUGAUAUUUAUGAAAGUGAUUCUGAUGCUGAAUCACAAGAUGGAGGAGAACAACGAGAAAGUGGUGAUGGUCAAGAAGAAGAAAAGCCACAAAAGAAGUUGGAUGAUGAUGAGGACAGACGUAAUCCACAGUAUAUUCCAAAGCGUGGAACAUUUUAUGAACAUGAUGAUCGUACAACUGAUGAGAUAACUGACAAUAACCCAGAGACCCAAACUAGUGUGAAAGAGACUAAGGAGAAGAAAGUAUGGAAGGAUAAGGGAGAUAGAUGGGAUCAUGAUCGAUACAAUGACGAAGAACAAGCUCCAAAAAAGCCUGAAGAGUUAAUAGCAACAUAUGGUUAUGACAUAAGAAAUGAAGAAGGACCACCUAGAGCUAGGAGGAGAAGAAGAUAUGGUCGUGGGCCUAAUAAGUAUACAAGAAAUUGGGAAGAUGAGGAUGCCUAUGGAAAAACUGGUAAUACUCCUGGUAGAGUAAAUAAUAGGCGCUUCCAUAAAAAUAAUGAAGAUUUUCCUACUCUUGGUUCUAGUAAAAAUGCUCCAAGUAAAGUAGAAGAACCUGUAAUUUCAUCGGCUUGGUAUAGUAGUAAAAAUAAAACUCAAAACAAGGUACAAAAUUUUCCACCUCUUCAAUCCCAGCAAGAUAAUACAAAAUCUAAGACUUCUACUGUUUCCAACACAUCCACGAAUGACAACAAAGCGCCAAAUGGAUCUACUAAUACAGCAUGGAAGAAAGAUGGUAAAAUUUUGGUCCAAAAUCAAAAUGCAAAUGGAAGUAACGGAUCUGGUGGUGAUGCGGAAAAAUUAGCCAGUAACAAAGUAUCGCCAAGGGAAAAUAAUAAGAGAAAUGCCCAAGAGUCCGUAAGCUUAGCCGCGAGUAGGACACGUGGUAGAGGUUUCAAAUCUAAUGCCAAUAACAAUAUGGUCACUAACAGAAUAGUCGAGAAUAAAUCGAAAGGCCGUGGUUCUGGUCCAGUUGCUAUUGAGAAUAGAAGGAACAAUACUGCACAGCUCAAUGAUGAGCACCAACUUGUUCAUGAUAUGAAACAACUUAAUGUUAAUGAUAGUACUCAAUAUCAUCAGACUGCAAGACACAACAAAGGCUUCUUCGCGUCCUCCAAUCAGCACAGAUCAAACGCAGUACCACCUAGAAUGCAGCAGCAACAGUCGCACCAGCAACAAACGCAUUCGCAACAACAGACCAUACAGCAGCAACAAGAUGGUUCUGGAAACAGACCUAAACGAUACUCGAGUCAGCGUCAGCGAACCACCAUUUCGGAAACUUCAGGCCAGCAAAAUUAUCAAUCUCAACAUGGACAGCAUGGAUAUUUUCCACCUCAAGCUGGAAAUUCAAGAGCUGUUCUAGAAUCUCAAGGCUACCCGCAAGGACAUUUUGAGCAAUCUUCCGCAGUUGCUCCAGCCACAACAGCCAUGGCAGGGCAACCUGUUAUUUCUUUACCGCCUAGCGGACAACCUGCUGGUUAUCCGCCACCAGCAUAUUUAGUACCAUCACCUCAAUUUAUUCCUCCUCAAACCGCACCUCCUAGUAUAAUUAAUUAUGUUCCCGGCCCAAAUGGUCCAACAUUCCCGCCGAAUUUUCAAGGUUACCAAGGAUAUAAUCCUUCGGUACAGCCUCAAGGACCACCACCGCCCCAAGAAUUGUUUCAACCACAAGGAUGUACUUAUUAUAGUCCAGCGCAGCAACAGCAACAACAAGCGCAGACAGCUCCUAUGCGACGUCCAAAAGCGGCGAUACCUAUUCUUCCACCGCCCGAUAAUCAGCAGAGUAGCAGAGGAAGAGGUAGGAGUACUCAGCAGUAUCAACAAAAUAAUCAACCUGGUAAUACGCAACAGACUGAACAAGAAGUCAAGAUUAAUACAGUGGCAGGAAGUGACGAUAAACCCGUGCCAGGACAAUUCGACAGUGUGCAAAUCGAGCAAUCGAAUACGCCGAAAGAUCAAGAAUCUCAAAAGAUUCAAGCUUCUUUGGAUGCAGUUAGAACAGUGAAUAUCGACGAGAUCGUAGACAAAAAUAUCAAUGUCGAUACUCAUAUAAUGCUUGACGCAUCAUCUGUUAAAAAAGAUAACCUAGAUGACAGUGUCAGUGUGAAAACAUUGCUGGAGACAACUUCCAAUGAAAAAGAUGCUGUUUCACACAAUCCAGCUAUAUUAGCUACUACCACCACCACCACGGAGACUGAACACGAAUUAAGUAACAUUGAAUCCGCGAUUACCGAAAAUACCAUUGUCGAAAAAGCGGCAGCCUAAGAAAAAGUGUAAUUAUUAUAUGCACUUUAUAUUUAUACGCUACCGUCGUUUUCCCAUUGACUUAUCGCAAAUUGCAAACAUUUAUAUAAAAUGGGACUUGACUGUUCGCAAUGUGUAGGGGGAUAUUGCUUCGAAUGCAUCUGGUUCAUUCAUAUAUCCGCAUUCGUAUAUUUACUCUCGCAAUUGCUCUGUGCAUGCAAUUGUUUGCUAUAGAGAUAUCAGGGACUCGGAAUAAUUAAUCGCUCUAUUCGCAUGUUUCAUUCGGGAGUGCGAUAACACGAUAUCUUACGAUCGACUAAAAUGUCGAAUCUUAAAAUGAUGCUUUUUAUCGCAACCGUGCAUUAAACUAAUUAGGUGUCUGACGUGCGUGUAUAUUGCGACUUAUAACUUUAGGAAACCUGAUCUGCCACUGCAGCCACGUUAGCUAUUUAUUUUAAGAUAAACUUGAGAUAGAUAGAUUUUACGUAGACUAGCUAAACAUUGUAUUUAAUUAAUAUCUCUGCAUGCUAUUUGUUACAAUUAAUUCGCAGUACGGGCUUUACGAGAUAUGUGACAAAAUGUAUCUUUGACAUUUUAUAUGAGACUAAAAUUGCUCAUUGAGAAAUCACUCUUCUUUUGGUUUAUCAUUGAACAAAUGGCUGCAAAAUUGGGUCAGUUAUUCUAUAUUUUUGCUUGAAGCGGAACGCGUAUAGAUUAUGUGAAAAUAUGAAAGAUUAUAUUAUUAUUAUUAUUAUUAAGAAUUUUAUAUAAUCAAUUAUAUAAUAAACAGAGGACUUCAGUAUAAUUGAAGAAAAGCUUAUGCGAUAUCACGUUCAAUGGCAUCGUCCAGUAAUCCAGCACGACAGUGACCUAUCGAAGAAACCUUAAAAAAGACGUCUUCACACAAUUAAUUAAAAUAAAAUGUUUUCAAAAAAUUGAUAUCCAAACAAUUCUAUUCGAUGCAAAUAAUAACGUCUAGAUAGAAAUCUCGUAAAGUUGAUGUUAUUAUUGCCUUGUAUUGAGUAAUGACGAUUUUUUUUUUAUAAGCAGAGUUUACUAUAGCUGGUCGCACUGUUUAGCGGAAAUCAUUAUUGUGUACUAAUAAUGUAAUAUACUCGGCAGCUACGUGGCCGCCAUGACUGCGAGACACGAUAUAACUAAUAACUCUACAUACUUUUUCAAUGUUACAACUACUUACAGUGCAGAAAUGUUUGUAGUUAUAAUAUUAAUGAAAUAUAUAUUUCAUUGAAUAACGUAAAUGUGCAUAUAUCUUUAUACGUGUUUAUGAAUAAUUUUCUGUACGCGAUUAAAAGGUAACAAAAGUAAAAAAGUAUCUAAUAAUAUGUCUGUUAAUCUCUCUUUCUCUCUCUCUCUCUCUUUCUCUAAUAAUAAUAUGUCUGUUCUUUCCACCUGCGCGUUUUGUACACAUUUCUGCACUACUUUUUUCUCAUUUGUACUUGCGUAGAGAUAAAAGUACGUUAGUGUCAUCUUAACGAAAGAAAACGUAGGGGAGUACAGCUGGAAUGAACAGAUCUAAUGUUUAUUUACUACUUAAUUUUCUUUUGUAUUAUAAAUAUUUUAUGAGAUAUUUUGCAUUAUAUAUUUACAUAUUUUAAGAUCUAUUCAAUACAAACUGGCUAUUAGUCGCAAACAAUAUACAUUGCUUUUUUCAAGCUGUCUAAACUACGUAUCUCUAAGUUCUGGAUAGUAAAGUCUUUAAUCAUAGAAAUAAUAUGUUAUUUUCAAACGUAUAUAUUAAAAUUUGCGAGAAAACGCGUCCAGAUGCGUCCAGAAGCGAUCGAUUAAUUUUCUUUUCAACUCAUCCUAGAAUCAUUAUAGCUAGGAAUAUAAUAAUGGCAAAGUUGUACACACAUACAAAGCCUUAAAAACCAAAUUCUAUAAAAUGGAUAGAGCUUUCAACAUGAAAUUUAUAAGGUGAACU